CCCUCGCUGUCGCUCCUUUCGACGGCCUCAUUCGGCCCAGUCGUCAAGGGCUCGACCAGGCGUCUAGGUCGAGGUAGAGCAUAGGAACGGUCAGGUCGCCAAGAGAAGCCAUCCUCGUGGGCCUGAGCCGAGCUCAGGAGUUCCGAUGCCUCGCGACGAGGGCUUCCGAAGAGUCGUCGAGUGCCUCAGUGAGGUCCGUGGUUAGCGAGUCAGCUGGGACAGCGAGAAGGGCGACGGCGAGAAUCACCAUAUGAACUUACCGGGUAUAUAAAACUUUUUGCCCUUGUUAUCGCCAUACUAGAGGUUAGUAGCGCUUAAUUGACCCGGCCCGUGAGACAUUACCACCAACUGGAGAUUAAUACAGUAGGGCCUCAAUACGAAGAUAGAUAUGCAAUACAUAAUAAGCAAUACAUAACGAGCAAUACAUAAAGAGUUGUAUUAUCGGCAUAGUCCUAGACCGAGGAAAUAAGAGGGGCAUUUUAUACUCCCUAACUUAAGUUACGGGUGUUAUGAAAACAUAAAUGUGUACCUGGAAAUCCAGGCACCAACUCCCACCACCAUCGUAUCGUAGCUACCCCAAAAGUUGAACCUCCACCAAGAAAGUUAAAGUUACCAAAACAUAUCAACCAUCACCUCUAACUACCACGACCUCACACAGCAAAACACCCUCACCUACCUCAACCACCGACCUCACAUGCUCACCACAUAAGCUACCUCCCCCCAACAACCACAAUGGGCAACACCGCCUCCAAAGCCGCCCGCUCCACGCGCAAAUACCCAACCACAGCCUCCCCCUCCAUCUCCAACCGCCCCACGCCCAUCCCCCGCUCCACCGUAAAAGCCUCGAGCACACGCGACGCCGAAAUCUCCCGCGACGCCCAAGACCCCGACUUCUCCCCCCCCACCUCGGCCUUCGCACAGCGCCUACGCACAUUAGGAGCUGUGAAACCGAUGCCGACGCACUCUCCUAGCGCUAUGACCGCACAGCCGCCUACGAAUUACCCUACCUCUACUUCUUCCAGCUCGUCAACUUCCAGUUUCCCCCAAACCACAGCCGCAGCUGCAAACUCACCAGCGCCAACGAACCCCUCCCUCCUAAUCUUCCACUCCCGCACGCGCCUCGCGCGCGAGGCAGAGGCGGAGUUCGAAGCUGCUACGAGAGGGGGAAUAGGAGCGCCGAGGAAGUUCCUGGAUGCUGGGGGUGUGAGGGCUGUGGUUGAGAUGGUGGGGAAGGGGCGCGGUGGGGAGGUGGAGGGGGAGAUGGGUGUUGAUCCCGUCGUGGUGUGGGCGUUGGGGAGGGGGGUUGUGGGGGUUAGUGAUGUUAGGAGGGAUGCGGGGGGGGGGAGGUAG